AUGUGUGCAGCGUUCGUGGUGGGGAUCCGGCGUAAGGACCUACGUGAGGGGUGCGCAGUGUGAACGUGUAUGUUUGGGGUAGCCAAGGACACAAGGGUUGAGCGAAGUCAGGAAAGUGGGAAUCUGACAGUGAACUGGUCUUUUUCUCCCUCCAAACAUCUCCUCUAUCCUCAAUAUUCUGGAACAUUUCUGGUGUCAGAGGGAAAGAUGAGAACCCACCAGGUGCUCGCCUUCCUCCUGCUCUUCGUAAUUGCCUCCGGGGCUUCUGAGAACUCAAGCACGUCCCGGGGCUGCGGAUUGGAUCUCCUCCCUCAGUACGUGUCCCUUUGCGACCUGGACACCAUCUGGGGCAUCGUGGUGGAGGCGGUGGCCGGGGCAGGCGCCCUGAUCACGCUGCUCCUGAUGCUCAUCCUGCUGGUGCGGCUGCCAUUUAUCAAGGACAAGGAGAAGAAGGACCCCGUGGGCCUCCACUUCCUCUUCCUCCUGGGGACCCUGGGCCUCUUCGGGCUGACGUUCGCCUUCAUCAUCCGGGAGGACGAGACUAUCUGCUCGGUCCGCAGGUUCCUCUGGGGCGUCCUCUUCGCGCUCUGCUUCUCUUGCCUACUGAGCCAGGCGUGGCGUGUGCGGAGGCUGGUGCGCCACGGCAAGAGCCCAUCCGGCUGGCAGCUGGUGGGCGUGGCGCUGUGCCUGAUGCUCGUGCAGGUCAUCAUCGCCAUCGAGUGGCUGGUGCUGACCGUGCUGCGCGACGCGAAGCCGGCCUGCGCUUACGAGCCCAUGGACUUUGUAAUGGCCCUCAUCUACGACAUGGUACUGCUUGUGGCGGCCCUGGGGCUGGCCCUCUUCACGCUGUGCGGCAAGUUCAAGAAGUGGAAGCAGAACGGGGCCUGCAUUCUGGUCACGGCCUUCCUCUCUGUGCUCAUCUGGGUGGCCUGGAUGACCAUGUACCUCUUUGGCAAUGCGGAGCUGCGGCAGGGAGACGCCUGGGGCGACCCCACCUUGGCCAUCACACUGGUGGCCAGCGGCUGGGUCUUCGUCAUCUUCCAUGCCAUCCCUGAAAUCCACUGCACCAUUCUGCCGGCCCCGCAGGAGAACACGCCCAACUACUUCGACACGUCGCAGCCGAGGAUGCGGGAGACGGCGUUUGAGGAGGAUGUGCAGCUGCCGCGGACCUACAUGGAGAACAAGGCCUUCUCCAUGGAUGAACACAACGCAGCUCUCCGAACAGCGGGAUUUCGCAAUGGCAGCUUGGGAAACAGACCCAGCGCUCCGUUUAGAAGCAAUGUGUAUCAGCCGACUGAGAUGGCCGUUGUGCUCAAUGGAGGGACCAUCCCAACUGCUCCGCCAAGUUACACUGGAAGACACCUCUGGUGA